GUGCCGGGCAGGGCAGGGCGAGCCGGACCGGACCGUGCCAGCGGAGGGCUCGCUGAGGGGCCGCGGCCUCGCUGCUCGCCGGGGCCCGGGCGCAGCGCCCAGCAGCGGCCCGCGGGAGCGGCGGGCGCCGCCAUGGCAGAGGGCACCCGGGACGAGCGGUUCCUCUACAUGAUCUCCUGCUUCAGGCCGCGGCUGAAGCAGUUCAUCCAGGUGCAGCCCGUGCUGGACCGGCUCCCCUCGCUGAGCGCGGACGACAGGGACAGGGUGCGUGCGGCCGCCGUGGAGCGCGGCGCGGCGGCGGGCGCGGAGGAGCUGCUGCGGGCCGUGGAGCGGGGGCCCCGCGGCUGCGGCUGGAUCCACGAGUUCCUGCAGGCGCUGGAGCACGGCGGCUGCAGCCUGGCCGCCUGCUACGCCAACCCCAGCCUGAGCCAGCUGCCCUCGCCGGCAGAGGAGGCCGAGCACGACCUCUGCGUGCACCUGGUGCAGCUGCUGCACGGCACGCUGGUGGACAGGAUGCGCACCGUGCAGGUGGCCAACAAGUGCCUGGAGAUGGGAAUCUUCCAGGACGAGGACGUGGAUCGGAUCCAGGCUGUUACUGACAAUCGUGGGAACAGAGAUGGUGCAAGGGAGCUACUGAGCAGAAUAGUCCAGAAGAAAGAUUGGUUCUCUUCUUUUUUGGUUGCUCUCCGUGAAACCCAACAUGAAGACCUUGCAGAUGAUUUAAGUGGAAAUACAGGAGAGAAUAAACAAAAUGGGAUGGAACAGACUACGAACGAAGAAACAGAAGUUACCAGUCAACCAGGAUACAUCAUAGAGGAGAAUUUGAAACAGGAAGAAAAUGUUGAUGAUAGUUUCAGCAGUGAGAACAGUCUGUUGGAAACAUCCACGGAAAAGAAUUCUGUGAUGUCAGAGUCAGAUGUCUCCAUAGGAGAUGGAAGUGUCACUAACUUGAAUGAAAACCUGGAACAGAGUUGCACAACCAGUGAUUCAGAUGAAGAUGAAGUGGAGAGGAGAGCCUCACCUGAGCCAGAUCUGACCCUGAGAGAUUACCAGAUGGAAGUUGCAAAGCCAGCAUUGAAUGGGGAGAAUAUUAUCAUAUGUCUCCCUACAGGCAGUGGUAAAACCAGAGUGGCUGUUUACAUUACCAAAGAUCACUUGGAUAAGAAGAAAAGAGCAUCAGAGCCUGGAAAAGUCAUAGUACUUGUUAAUAAGGUUCCAUUGGUAGAACAGCAUUUAAAAACAGAGUUUAGUCCAUUCCUGAAGCGUUGGUAUCAGGUUAUUGGUUUAAGUGGUGAUUCGCAGCUGAAAAUCUCAUUUCCUGAAGUUGUCAGAAGAAACGAUGUCAUCAUCAGUACAGCACAGAUCCUUGAGAAUUCACUGUUAAAUGCAUCCAAGGAAGAUGAAGAAAGUGUCCACUUAUCAGAUUUUUCCCUCAUCAUCAUCGAUGAGUGUCAUCACACUCAAAAGGAAGGUGUCUACAAUAAUAUAAUGAGACGUUACUUAAAAGAAAAGAUGAAGAACAGGAAACUGGCAAAAGAAAACAAACCGCUGAUCCCACAGCCUCAGAUUCUGGGACUUACAGCCUCACCUGGUGUAGGAGGUGCAACAUCCUACUCAAAAGCUGAAGAGCAUAUUCUGAAAAUCUGUGCCAAUCUUGAUGCAUGUAGGAUUAUGACUGUUGAAGAGCAUGCCUCCCAGCUAAAGAAUCAGGUGAAAGAACCAUCUAAGAAGACUGUGAUUGCAGAUGACAAAAAAAGGGAUCCAUUUAAAGAGAGAAUUAUUGAGAUCAUGACAGAAAUACAAAACUAUUGCCAGCUGCAUCCGAGCUCUGAGUUUGGAACUCAGACAUAUGAACAGUGGGUGAUCAGAGAAGAGAAAAGAGCUGCAAAAGAAGAAAAACGCAGGGAACGUGUCUGUGCAGAGCACUUGAAGAAAUACAACGAUGCUCUCCAGAUAAAUGACACCAUCCGAAUGGUGGAUGCCUACAAUCACCUAAAUAACUUCUAUAAAGAGGAGAAAAGUAAGAAGACAGUAAGGAGUGAUGAUGAUGAUGAUGAUGAUGAUGAACCAGCAGUAUCAAAACAGGAUGAAACAGAUAAAUUUCUAAUAGGUUUAUUUCACGCAAAAAAGAAACAGCUGAAAGAGUUGACUAAAAAGCCAGAAAAUGAAAAUGAGAAGCUAACGGAGUUGAGAAAUACUUUAAUGGAGGAGUUCACGAAGACUGGGAAACCUCGAGGAAUCAUUUUCACAAAGACUCGUCUAAGUGCCUGUGCUCUUUUCCAGUGGAUUAAGGACAACCCAAAAUUUGAAGAAGUGGGAAUUAGGGCCCAUUAUCUUAUCGGUGCUGGACAUAAGAGUGAAAUGAAGCCCAUGACUCAGAAUGAGCAAAGGGAUGUUAUUGAUAAAUUUCGAUGUGGAAAUAUAAAUUUACUAAUUGCAACUACUGUAGCUGAGGAAGGCCUGGACAUCAAAGAGUGUAACAUUGUUAUUCGCUAUGGCCUCGUCACCAAUGAAAUUGCUAUGGUGCAGGCUCGUGGUAGAGCUCGAGCUGAUGAAAGCACCUAUGCUCUUGUGGCUUCAAGUGGCUCAGGGGCUGUUGAACGUGAAAGUGUUAAUAUUUUUCGUGAGAAAAUGAUGUAUAAAGCCAUUCAGCGUGUCCAGAAGAUGCCACAGGAAGAGUAUUUAAAUAAGAUUCAGAGUUUCCAGUUGCAAAGUAUAGUGGAAAAACAAAUGAAGGUGAUGAGAGAUCAGCGCAAGACAUACAAGAAAAAUCCUUCACUAAUAAAAUUCUUAUGCAAAAAUUGCUCCAAGCUGAUAUGUUCUGGAGAAGACAUACAAGUUAUUGAAGACAUGCAUCAUGUCAGUGUGAAAAAAGAUUUCCAAAGUCUUUAUCAUACAAGAGAAAAUAAAGCACUGCAAGAUAAGCAUGCUGAUUACCAGACAAAUGGGGAAAUUAUAUGCAAAGACUGUGGACAAGCUUGGGGAAAUAUGAUGGUUCACCGAGGUCUUGACCUGCCUUGUCUAAAAAUCAGAAAUUUUGUGGUUGUGUUAGCAGACAAGAAAACAACAAACAAUAUUUUUAAGAAAUGGGGAGACCUGCCCAUCAGGUUUCCUAGUUUUGAUUAUGCAGCUCAUUGUCCUUCAAGUGAUGAAGAUUAAAGAUUUGGAAUGAAAACAAAAGCCCUUUUCAACUUCUCUCUGUUGAUCUGAAGCUCCUGUGUCCCAUAGAGAAUGCUGCAUCUUAAGCACUGUGAAAGCUCCUGGACAUACGGAAACUGUCUUGAAGACAAAAAGUGAAACAAGAAAGGAGAAGGACAAAGUCACACAGCUGCUAUCUGCACACAGAUUUGUACUCCUGAACAAAGAUGGCAAAUGCAUUGCAGUCGUGUAUUUAUGGAACAAAUGCCUGUCUCUUUUCACUACAGGAUGACAACACUGUCAAAAGUGUGUGAGAUGACCUGUUGUCCAUCCCAGAACAUUGAAAAGAGACCUUAAGAUAUACCAUGGUCAUUAUUUUCUUCAUGCUAUAACCAUUUUGAAGAUAAAGUAUCUCAAAAGAGGAGCCACGUAAAGAAGGUAUCACCCAUUAUUUCUGGAUCACUGUUGCUACGUCAGUGUUUUCAUGACUGAAUUCCUCCCUUCAUAAACACAGCUGAAAGCUCAUACACUUUGACAGACUAAAAUUAGGUUUCCCUUAGAAGACGUUUCAAGAAAUCAAGCCCUUAACAUGAAAUUGAUUAUUUUUGUGUCCAAGAAGCACAUUGCCAAAGUGACUCUCUGUGUGUCAGUUUCAUAGGACUGUUAGCCUGGCUACAUAAUGAGGUGUGUAUUUUUUUCAAUAAAUCGCUAUAACUAAUGUUUA